UUUUCGGGAUUAGUUUUUCAAUAGAAUAAUACUUAAUAAGUCUGACUGCAUGAUAUUUCUACGUUGUUUUUUUAAAACUUAUGUGUGAAACGUUUCUUUCAAUAGACAAUCUGUUGUAACGGAAAUGGAUGUGUCCUAGCAACGUGCAACAUUAGUACACUUGAUUCACCUGAAAUGACUGCGUCGAAGAAACUCCCUGUCCUGCAGACGUUUGCCCAACAUAAGUCAAUUUUUUAAUAACAAUUUCUUAAACAAAAGUAACAGAAGUGCAGCAUGUGGUUAAAGACAAAUCCCCUGCCACGUUAAGGGCAAUUAAUUAGCAUUAUAACGUCUACACAGACGAAUUUUCUCCUGACAGGAGCAAAGAUGGUGACUGAAAAGCUCAGUUUAACUUGUGACAGACUUUUGUCACACCGACAGCUAGCGUGUUGUCGCUCCUAUUCUGGUAUACCACUGCAUGGCAAGGAAAUACUGAUUCACAGUAAUGUGGAUAUAGAGCAGAAGCCCCUGCUGCUAACUGGACACCAUGGUGAGAUCAGUGCUAUGACCUUUGGGAAAGGAAGCGUACCUGUUCUCCUUUGCUCUUCCUCUCCUGAUUACAUUAUUGUCUGGAAUGUUGAACUGUGCCGGAAAAGAACACAGGAAGGUAAAGUUGCAGCUGGAACAGUUAUCGGGUCUUUACUGGGUGAAGUCGUCCAUCUGUCAUUCUGUUUCUCUGAUGAACGAGUGGCUGCAUGCUCAGGAGCAACUGUGUAUAUUCUCAGCUCGAAGAGACAGGAAGUUAUCUCUGCCUUAACCAGCCACAUAGGACCUUUAACAUCAGCAGAGUUUUGUCCCUGGAAUAAAGACAUUCUUGUCACCACGUCAGAGGACCGCACUUUUAAGGUGUGGGAUUUAAAAACAGAAGCUGUUUGCUACCAGUCUUUUGUGCUUUCAGCAUCUCCACUGCUCAGUUUGUUCCUCUCAGAGGAGAACAGGCACCUUAUCACCGGCUCAACUGAUGGACAGCUGUGGUGCUUUUCUGUGUCUGAUGACAACAAGUGUCACCUGGUGACCAAAAUGGACCUUGAGAAGAUGGAAAAAAGACAUCAAAUGCACCAAGGGACGGUGAGCGAUCAAGCAGCUGAAGAUAAGGUGGAGACUUCAAAACCUGUCCUCAGAAUGGCUUUAUGUAGCUCACUCACUGAUACCAGCAGUGAGCACAAAAAGGACAACAGCUGGUUAUGUAUUGGAAGCUCUGAUGGCCUGUAUGUGGUGGAUCUGGCUACCUCAGAACUUCUUAAAGCACUAUAUUUCAAAGAUUACCCCAACUUGAGCAUCACAUUGGCUGGGUCAUGGUCAAUCUCUCCAGGAUGGGAUAACUCCAUGCUGUUUUUCGUGAGCUCUUUGUUCACUCCAUGUGUGGUCCUGUUGGAGUUGCAUCUGCAUGACCUAAGGACGACCUGGGCUUGUGGUGAAGGCUUUUCGGUGUUCCCGAGCUCUCCUCCGCUGCCUGAAUCUCCUCUGAAUGCAGAGUUAAAGAAAAAGGCGCCUGAGCAUCCUAAAAAGAAAGGAGGAAUAAAGGAGCAGCCUCUGGUUUUCCACUCGAAAGUGAAGUCAUCUGGAUAUACCAGUGCCCCAAGGAGAAUUUUGUUUUCACCUAAAACAAAUACCCAGAAGAAUCCUUCCUUUAAAAAGGCCAACAAAAAGAGAAGUUUACUCCUCAGAGAUUAUCCAGCAGACAGUGCAGCACCUACUAUUCCACACAUUCAUCUGAGCAUUGUCAACAAACCAGUCAACUGCCUUCAGUAUUCAGGCGACGGAAAACAAAUCCUGUGUGGUCUUGGCGACAACUCAGUGUUACUGUACAAGUCCUCACUUAGUGGCAAUCCAACUGCCUACACAGGACAUGACAAGCCAGUGAGCAGUGUGAGCUGGAGCCUCAACAGACAGUGGUGGUUGAGUGCGUCCGAAGACCAGUCACUAAGAGUCUGGACCAGCAGCCCAGAGCCUGCCAUUAUCAUGGACGACAGGAUGUUCUCCAAACCUAUUAGGAAUGCUCAGUUUUAUUACCUCGAUAAAUUCCUGCUUCUGGCAUCUGGACCCUCUCUGUACUUGUACCUGUAUAAUGUGGACGUCACACGUGAUGACAUCAAACGAUAUCAGCAAAGGAGUGUUGUAAAAUUGGCAAGAUCCAUUACGACAACAUCAGCAACAGACAUCACUGCCUUGUCUGCAAUCAAUGAUUUCUUCUCUUACAUAGUUCUGGUGUGUGGUGCAGAUCGGUCCAUUCAAGUAUUUGACAUGAACAAGGGUAUAGUUGCCUCAGAGCUGCCUGAUGCCCACAGCAGAGCCGUCCACUGCAUUACACAGAACAAGGGCUCCAUGUUCAGCACACAAGCACCAGAUUCAUACAACCUCUUCCUCACAAGUGCAGUAACGGAUGGAGUGAAGAUGUGGGACCUCCGUACACUGAGGUGUGUUCGGCGUUAUGAGAACCAUCUAAAUCGCUGCCAUCCGUGCUCUGCAGCCGUCUCACCAUGCGGCCGGUUCAUUGCUUCAGGCUCUGAGGAUAACUGUGCCUACGUAUAUGACAUCCGCAGCAGCAGCUACCUACACAAGCUUCAGAAACACUCCGACACAGUGCUCAGUGUGACUUUCAACCCCGCCACACCAGAGCUGCUAACUGGGACCCUGGAUGGGAAGCUGAGACUGUUUCAGUCCAGCAGUGGGCUGUCUCAUGACACCAGUGCUGCUGUGCAUAGUGUCCCCAACAUGACUGCGUAAUUACAGCAGGCUGCUGCAAAGACCAUGCAGGUUUCAUUAAAGCAGCUCCAAGCCUCUGGCUAGGCUUUUACUGGGAAUGGAGAAAGUAAGGGGUUUUGUUUUCAGUUAUUGCUUCAAUAAAGAUCAAAAAUAGAUACCAGUUUAAAGAGGUUUUGUUUGUCUUGUUUUUGUGCCUGUUGUGUUUUACUAUUUCUGCGCUUCAAUUAGUGAAAGCUCAUCUUUGUUAAACAUUCAGUUUCUGCAUGAUAAGAACGAGAAAUAUCUUUCAUACAAUGUAUUAAA